AAGCUAUUAUUUAUUCAAACACAAGAGAUUACGAUUAUAAAUUUUAAAAAGUCGUAGAGAGAGAUUCUCAUGAAACUUUAUUGAUGUUGAUUGAUGUGUCAUUGGAAUUGGACAAAAAGAUGUCGAAUGAUACCGAAAUGACAUAUAAAAUAUGAUCAGUAAACUUUAUAUUAUACUAUAGAAUUCACUGGAUAUGAUAGAAUAUAUGGAACAAACGAAAUUAUGGUGUAGAAAAACCUAUAUUUAAUAUUUCUUUUCAUUACUAAUAUUAAGAGUGGCUAUUGUGAAGAAUGAUUGAACAUGUUGAAUGUUGAACAAUGCUGCUAUUUUUUUACAAGAAUAAUAUACAUAUUUUGACAAAAAAGAACGCAGUUGAAAAAAACAUUAUAUAUUAAUUACAUAGAAAUGUCUCCAGUAAUUCAAAAAGUAAAACAUUCCACAUCUGAUCAAUAUAUCCAAAUGCAGCAACUAUUGCCAAUUAAAUUUGCACGAGAGAAUGAAACAAACAGAAUAUCAAAUGCUCUGAAUGCUAUCAUUCCGUAUGCUACUUUAAGAAUGCACAGUCAUCAAUUGUCUAAUGAAGAAUGUGCUAAUGCAAUUGCUAAUCAUCUGCAAUCAAGUAAUAAAUUUAUGCAGAAUGAUCUUACAUCAGAGCGAUUCAGGAUGGAAACAUUGAGAGCAAUGCCACAAUGCCUCACUGUAAAGAGAUCUGUUAAGUCACAGCUAUUGGCGAUUAUUAAUCGAAAGUCAAAGAAAAAAUCGAUUAGUUAUUGGAAAUGGGUCAAAUAUAACAUUAGUUUAAAAUUUGCAAAGAUUUGGGUGAUAAUGCAGAACAACUUGUUGACAAUGAAAUUGUGGCAUCAAACAAUAAAAACCAUUGAAAGUCACAAUGGAAAUGGUGUAGCAACAUAUUUUAAAUUUUUGAGAUGGUUGUUUUUUCUCAACAUAAUUUCCUGCAUUUUAAGCAUAUUUUUUAUUGUACUACCACAAUCAUUGAAUCAAACACAUAUACCAAACAAUGUUAAAGUAUUAGACUUCUUAACAGGCAGUGGCUUUUUCUCUCACACAAUAAUGUAUUAUGGUUUUUAUUCCAAUGGCACAGUAAACACAUUAUUUGGGACCAAAUAUAGCAUUCCAUUUGCCUAUUUCCUAAUGCUGCUUUUUUGUUACACAGUUAUUUUUAUUAUACUUUCUGUUAAAAUUAUAUCUUCCUAUAGAAAAUCUUAUAUUGAAACACAUGGAAAAGUGCACGAUUUAUAUAGUAACAAAAUAUUUUGUGGAUGGGACUUUAGCAUAUCUUUACCAAAAACUGCCACUUUACAAUCAGCAUCUAUUUACAAAGAAUUGGAGGAAAUGUUGGCAGAAACGAGACAGCACGCGCGUUUGCAUUGGCUUGACAAAUUUUUGCUAAUUAUAAUGCAACUUAGUGUAACAACUAUUAUUAUGUUUAUGAUUUGUGGUGCUGGUGCAUUUGUUUGGCUACUAUUACGACAUUAUGAGAUAGGAGCAUCCAGAAACAUUUCAGUGAUGAUUGUACCAAUAAUCAUUACCAUUAUGAUUCAUAUCUUUCCAGCAAUUAUUUCCUAUUUAGCAUCACUGGAACACUAUAACAAUAAACGCACGGAAUUUUACAUAACAAUUAUUAGGAAUCACACAGUUGCUGCGAUAAUAAUUGGUACCUUGUUUGCCUUCUGGAUAAUCAACAGUACAUCACAUUGUUGGCAAACGGACUUAGGAGAAAAAAUUUAUCGACUUAUCAUAGUGGAUUUCAUCGCUUCCAUAUUCGGGAUAUGUUUGCAAUUUACACGUUCCAUGUUGUAUAAGAGGUCGUCGACGAAAAUCGGCAGACCGGAAUUUGAUGUCGCUCGCAAUACAUUGAAUCUUAUAUACAAUCAGACACUCUUUUGGAUGAGUUUCUAUUUUAGUCCGCUAAUGUCUCUUAUAAUUAUGAUAAAGUUGAUCUUCACGUUUUAUAUAAAGAGAUACGAGUUGAAAAAAUGCUAUCAACAGUCGUCGCAGUUUUGGCGAGCGGCGCAAACGCAAACUCUGUUCUUGGCUCUUGCAUUUAUUGACAUGAUCGUCGUGUUGCUUACAAUAGGAUAUAUCAUUACGAAUGUGGAAAAUGACGACUGUGGACCGUUCAGAAAUUAUUCUCACACUUGGGAUUUUAUCGUCGAUGGGAUGUUAUCGUUAAAAAGAGAUAGCACAUUUUGGAGUGUUGUGUCAGAACUUGCGAGGCCGGUAACUGGUGCUGCAAUAUUGGUCGGCAUGUGUAUUACAGUGUACUGUUUGCGAGCAAAAACACAAGCGAGUAAAGAAAUGUUGCAAAUUUUGUCCAACAUGCUUCUUCUGCAGUCUCAAGAUAAGCAAUUUCUCAUGAAAAGUUUCACUAAAUUUGCCAACGAACAUGCUUUCGUUCAUAGUGAGAUUAAUCUUAUCCAAUGUGCUAAUUCUGAGCAAAAUCAUGGAAAUGAAGAAAUUAUACAGUCUCGCCGACGUAAUUUACCAUCGACCAGUUUUGAAGAGAGAUUAUAGAUAAUAAUAUAUAUACUAAUUGACAAUUUGAUGGCAAAUUGCCAAAGCAUACAUUAGAAAUUGAUAGGAUAUUUUUUCAUAGUUAUAUUUAUGCUUAUAGAGGUAUUAUUUUAAAAUGUUUUUGCUUUUACAAAUUUAAACGUUUAAAAUUGUGCCACUUGUGUAUGUGAUAAAUAAGAAUAUAUUUUUAAUAUAAGAAAUUUUUAUGAUAGUAUAAAAAUACGCGUAAAUAUUUGUGUAACAAUAUAUUUAUAAAAUUGAGGGGGGAAAGUAUAUACUCUCUAUAUAUAUGUAUGAACAGAUAUUUUAUAUUUUUAUAUUAUGGCAUAUAUAGAAUAUUCG